CAAAAUGUACGUGAAGUUGUAUUGUUUUUAAUUAAAUAUCUUUAUUUACCUUUCAAUUUAACACUAUUUCAUUGAUUUUUUAAACGCAACCUUUUACGACUUUUACGUUGUUCUGUAUAUUCUUGGUAGAAGUUUCAAUAUAAAAUGGAAGAGCUGAAACCUGUAAACCCUGAGGACCUCCAACUUCUCAAGGAACGGAUGAAACUAAUAGCAGAUGCUGAUCCAGCACAAUAUCACAAUGAUUACUCAUUGAAGAGAUAUUUACGAGCUUUUAAAACGGUUGACAAUUCUUUUCAGGCAAUAUUAAAAACAAAUAAAUGGAGGGCAGAGUAUGGUGUAGCGCAGCUACAUGAGGACAAAGAACUCAUUGAGAAAUACAAAGAUAAGGCUAGAGUACUGAGACACAGGGAUAUUGUUGGACGCCCAAUUGUUUACAUUCCUGCUAAAAACCAUAGUUCUAAUGAUAGAAGUAUAGAUGACUUGACUAAGUUUAUUGUAUAUUGUUUGGAAGACGCCAGUAAAAAGUGUUUCGAAGAAGUUGUUGACAACCUAUGUAUUGUGUUUGACUUAAACAACUUUACACUCUCCUGUAUGGACUAUCAGGUGCUAAAGAACCUUAUAUGGCUUCUUAGUAGACACUAUCCAGAGAGACUUGGAGUUUGUCUCAUUAUUAAUGCUCCCACAUUCUUCUCUGGCUGUUGGGCAGUUAUAAAAGGAUGGCUUGAUGAAAACACUGCAGGUAAAGUGACCUUCGUGAAUUCUGAGAUGGAUUUAUGUCAGUAUCUGAUACCAGAUAUCUUGCCUACUGAUAUGUAGAAAUAACAUAACAUCACUUAGAAUGAAUGCUAUUAAAUGUUUAUAUGAUAAUAUUAUAUAUUUCAUAACUAGUCACAAGUGUCAGAUAAACUUUAUGUAAAAUACUUCUUGCCAUUCCAAUAACCAAAAAUACUUGAUUAAAGAUGAAACUACUACUUUAUUUAAUGUCAUUUUAUGAAGGUAAUUAAUAAUAUUAAAAUUUAAAUGAUAUGUAAAAUAAUGUUUAAGCUAAUCGAUAGCCUAAAAUUAGGCAUUAAGUAUUUUGGAACAUUGCCCUUCUUAAUUAUUUCGAAAAAUAUUUGAAGCUCAUGCCCCAAAUAUUUAAAAUAAAGAGGACUUUACUCUUGACCACCAUCUAUCUCUUGAAUUGUCUCUAAAAGCUAUAGUGACCCAAUGGUAACUAGAUAUUGUUCAGUAAUUAGAAUUAUCAAAAGUCAACACGCUAGAAGUAAUUUUAA